AUGAGCUAUCUGAAAGGCCAGCUAUCAUUCCUGGCGGGUCGCUCCGGUGCGGUUCUGCAAAGCCUUGCGAUUAAAGGGAACACCCAAAGAUUCUUUUCAGCAUCCACCAGAGCUACUUACUCUGCACAUACACAUGUCCAGGCGGGUGCCAACUAUAUCAAGAACCAAGCUGUUGCUAUGGUUACACGUGCGCGUAGUCAGCCGGUUAGAAAGGUUGCAGUUCCUGUUGUUUCUUAUAUGGUGAUUAGUAGCAUAUUCCGCGAUGCAGCCCAGGCCGACGGUAUCAUUCCCGGGGGCGACUCUGUCGGAGGUGUGUUGUUUGCUUAG